UUAGGGGGCGUUGGUUUGAAAACUUAUCCAAUGAGUAAUUUAUACGAAAAUAUCGACGGUCAAGAAGAACAGGACUUUCCAUUACUUUUAUUUUACAAUCAACCUGGCGGAGACUUACCUCCAGAUGACCAAGCUGAUGACUCUGGCGUCCCCUCCAACCAUGGCACCAAUCAAACUUCCCCAUGCAUUUAUCAAGACCCUUCACUUUACAGUGAAGAGACCAUGUCCCAGCUUUCCAACCAUUUCCCCACCAAUGACCUUCUCACUUACGAGCAAUCUGAUCUCAGACAGUCUCUCGAUCACUCCUCUUUGCUUGCCGCCCACCCUGGAGCCAUCCAAGGCAACCGCCCGAGAAUUGAGAUCACCUGCCCUGACCUGCACCACCAUGACCAUGUCCUCACCAACCCUGUGAACAUCAAUCGGCCCAUGCUCACAGUUCCAGGGUACGACAUGCCCUACAGGGAGAACCAAUGCCUCAGUCCGGCUAGUAGCACGUCCUCUACUAGCUGGCAUUCAGAUGGCUAUUCUCCAGGAACAUACUCUCCAUGCAUCUCUCCCGGAGCUGGUGAAGGAAGUCUGGCCGGAGUGACUGAAGCCGAUCUUUGCCCGAUGAUGCAGGCCAUCCAAGCCUCAGGUUCUCCCAACACGUCUCCUCGCACCAGCAUCACAGAAGACACCGUCCUGGACCGCCGCUCAUCCUCUCCACGUUCUCGCUCGGCUUCUCCACAGGGGAAGCGCACCUACGUUCAGACUCAAAACCUCCAUUUUGUCCGAGACGAGCCCACCGAGUUCUAUCCACUGGCCAACUUGGAGGAUUCCUUGAACAACCUCAGCAGCUUGACUAAACCGAUCCCUACUAAGAUCGUCAGACCAAAUCUAGAGUAUUCUGUCUACACGGAAAGCCAGGCGAGCCUGUUCCCAACCAUGACGGAAGUGAAAAAAGAAUUCACUAUGGAAUCGUGCUAUUUCAUGCCUCCCAACUGGUCCAGUCAGGCUCUCCCAGGGGUUUGUAGUAUGCCAGUGGCUGCGUUGCCUGCGAUGGACUGGCCUCUUCCCAGCAGCAGUGAACAGUAUGAGCUCAGGAUAGAGGUUCAACCCAGACAACAUCACAGGGCCCACUACGAGACCGAGGGCAGCCGAGGGGCCGUCAAAGCAUCAGCCGGAGGCCAUCCUGUCGUUCAGUUGCGAGGGUACACCGGGACGGAGCCGCUGGCUCUGCAGAUCUUCAUCGGCACGGCUGACGACAGGAACCUCAGACCUCACGCGUUCUACCAGGUCCACCGCAUCACCGGCAAGACCGUCACCACCAACAGUCAGGAACGAAUGUUGAGCGGAACCAAAAUCCUAGAGUUGCCACUGGAACCCAAGGAGAACAUGAGACUUGUAGUUGACUGUGCUGGUAUCCUGAAACUGAGAAAUGCCGACAUUGAGCUGAAGAAAGGAGAGACGGAUGUGGGACGGAAAAACACCCGAGUGAGAAUGAUCUUCCGUGUCCACGUUCCUCAACCCGGAGGCCAGUGGCUCUCUCUCCAAGUGGCCUCACAGACUAUUGAGUGCUCUCAAAGGUCGGCCCAUGAGCAUCCAGCGGUAGAGCGUCAGGACGUGGACCACUGUUCGGUUCUGGGUGGACUGCAGAUGAUCCUUAGGGGCCAGAACUUCACUUCAGAGUCCAAAGUCAUCUUCUUUGAGAAAACGCAUGUUGACUUACAGAUAUGGGAGGCGGAGGCGCAUGUUUACAGAGACAAAAGCACGUCUAACCUGCUGUUCUUGGAAAUCCCUCCAUAUCGGGACCCCAACAUCUACCACCCAGUCAGAGUCAGCUUUCACGUGUUGAACGGGAAGAAGAAAUGCAGCCAGCCUCAAAACUUCACCUACACACCCCUCUCAGUGCCACAGAUUAAAGCAGAGCCGGUUGAAGAAUACCAGUACACACAGUUAGGCUGUCCCGUGCGUCCCAUCAUGGGCGUUUCUCCUCCCUCUUGUCAUCUUCCAGACGGUUGUAUGAUGCCCACCGGCUCGCCGUACCAGCGACCUCAAUCUGGCAUGUAUCCUGGUGUCCCACAACACCACCUCGAGCACGCAUCCAUUCGCUACCAGAUACCAGGAUUUCUCUCUGGCUCCCCGGGUCAUGCUUCAUGUAUGGGGUCCACACACAGUGUGACCUCCCUGUCUACGUUUGUGCCUAACGCCUACUCGUACACCAUAGCAGGUGACAGCAUCCAAACGGCCGCCUCCUUAUUUCCUACCCUUGAUGUCUCCGAGCUGUGCUCCGCCGGGGCCCAUCAGAAGGCGUAUGGCUCGAGGGCGUCCCCCACCACAGGGAGGUCCCCACCGGCCCGAAGCCAUCAGCAGACAUACCUGCCCGUACAGCACCAGAGGAACAUCAGUCCUGUCAGAGUCACCAUCAAGCAGGAGAACCUGGAUCAGGCCUAUCUGGAUGAUGUGAAUGCUGUUAUAAGAAGGGACCUUGUUCAUAAAAAUAAGCUCUAAUGUGGAAGACAGCUCUCCAUCCU